AUGGAUGCAGCAGAUACAGUUGGUUGUUCAGUAAUGCAAGAUUCAGAUGAAGAUUUCAUUCCACAAAUUGUUGAUUCAGACAUUUAUCUGCAAGAUGAUGAUGACUUGUUUGACAAAAAUGUUGAUUGUGAGAAAGGCAAAGGUAAAGCAGUCCAAGAAGAAGCCGAUGAUCCUACUGAAGAUGUGGACAUGUGCUUGCCUUCUUCUGAUGAAGAUAAGGUUAAGCUGAAUUUCAAAUGUUUCAGAGAAGAGGACCUGUCUAAACAAGAGUUCCAAGUGCGUCAGACAUUUGCUAGUGCUGAGUUACUAAGGAGGGCUAUCAAGGAGUAUAGAUGUCAUGAAAGGGUUGACAUCAAGUGCCCUAGAAAUGAUAGGAAAAGAGUUAAGGCCAUUUGUGAAGAUGGGUGUCCAUGGUAUUUGUUUGCAUCAUUUGAUGGGAGAAUCAACUGCUUCAUGAUCAAGAAGUAUAACCCAAAGCAUACCUACAUAAAGAAAUGGAGUGUCAAGUCAUUCACUUCUCCCUUCAUGGCAGGAAAAUAUCUUGAAUCAUUCAGAGCAGAUGAAAACAUGAACAUGAAGAAUUUUGCAAGGGUUGUUCAAAAGGACUGGAACAUGACUACAACAAGGAGCAAACUUAGAAGGGCCAAGAGACUAGUGAAGAAAGUCAUUGAAGGAGAUGAGUUAGAGGAGUAUAACAGUAUGUGGGAUUAUGCAACAGAAUUCAAAAGAUCAAACCCAGGCAACUCUUUCUAUGUAGGUGUCAAUGAUGGCAUAUUUGGAAGUUAUUAUUUCUCUCUGGAUGCCCGCAAAAGGGAUUUCAUGCAAGCCUGUAGGCAUGUCAUUUGUUUGGAUGCAUGCCACCUGAAGACAAAGUAUGGAGGUGUUAUGUUGUGUGCUAUUGGCAUGGAUCCUAAUGACUGCAUUUACCCUCUAGCUUUUGCAUUUGUUGAGGUAGAGAACACUGACACAUGGAAAUGGUUUCUGUCAAAUCUGAAGAGUGACUUGGGAAUUCUGAGCACAGAGCCAUGGACUAUAAUGUCAGACAAGCAAAAGGGGUUGAUCAAGGGAGUGAGGCAGCAUUUUCCUGAUGAAGACCACAGACACUGUGUUAGGCAUAUAUGGCAGAAUUUUCAGCAAACACGCAAAGGAGAUGUUCUUAAGAACCAGUUAUGGAAGUGUGCAAGGAGCACAACACCAGAACUGUGGGCUGCAAGCAUGGAGGAAAUGAAGGUCAUCAGCCUAGAAGCAUACAAAUGGCCUGAGCAGCUACCACCCAACAAUUGGGUUAGGGCCUUCCAAAGAGAAUUGGUCAAGUGUGAUAUCCUUCUGAACAACAACUGUGAGGUUUUCAACAAAUAUAUUCUUGAGGCCAGGGAGAUGCAUCUCAGAUCAAUGAUUGAGAAGAUCAAAACCCAGCUCAUGGUGCAAGACUUUGGAUGUACAAUGCUUCAUAAGAUGCAGCAGUCUAGGCGUGUACCUAGAGGAGAAACUGAAGGCACUCUGCCAGAUUCAACAUUCAUAUUACAGGCAUCCAGUUCUCAAGCUUCAGCACAUACAACAACAGCUACAAAUGGUGGCAACCUGACCAUGAAGUUGCUGAAGAUGAAAAGAGACAAAGAAAGGCAGAUGGCAGCCAGAAGAGAUGAAGCACUAGAGGCAAUGAAUGAGAUGGCAGAGGAGGCUGAAGCAAAGAGGCAGGAAAUUGCUAUCAGGAAAGCAGAGAAGGCAGCCAGAAGAAGAAGAGCAGCAAAAGAGAAGAAGGCUGAGGAAACAGCAGCAAAGUUGGAAGCUUCAACAGCAAGAAAAGCAGCAUUACAAGAAGAGAAGGAGGCCAGGGCAAUUGAAGCAAUUGCAGCUAAGGCAGAGGCAGCAAUGAAGAGAACAGAAGAGCAAGAAGCAAAGAGAGCUAUUGCAACACUGAAGAAAAAAUAG